AUGGCUGGCCUGUUCAAAAAGACGAUUCCUUAUGAGUUCAAUGACCCGUCUCUGGUUCAGACCAAGGCCUAUGUAGGGGGUCAGUGGGUCUCAGCGGCCUCGGGCAAGACCUUUGCGGUGCUGGAUCCGGAAGAUGAUCAAGAAGUCUGUCAAGUAGCCGAUCUCGGCCAAGACGACGUCCGGGCUGCCAUCGAGAGCGCUCAAAGGGCCUUUGAAUCCUACAGCAAGACACCCCACCGCGAGCGUCGAUGGCUCAUGCGACGAUGGUCCGACCUUCCCAAGGCCAACCGAGAGGAUCUUGCGGCGUUGUGUACGCUCGAGUUGGCAAAGCCGUUCACUGAGUCUCUCGGCACGGUCCAAUAUGCCAUCGACUUUCUCGAUUGGUUUGAGGGCGCUGUCGAGCGAACUGUUGGCGAUACGAUCCCUGCUUUUCGCGGCAACAACCGAGUCCUGACUAUUCGUCAGCCUCAAGGGGUGGUGGCCGCUGUAACUCCUUGGAACUCGCCGCUGGCCAUGAUUACGAGGAAGGCCGGAGCAGCCAUUGCAGCUGGCAAUACCGUGGUCUGCAAGCCCGCACCUGAGACUCCGCUCUGUGCUUUGGCACUCGCUCGGCUCUUUGAAAAGGCCGGCGGACCUCAUGGAGUCUUCAAUGUCAUUCCCUGCAGUCCCGAGUCAACGCCGGCAGUCGGCCAGGAGCUUUGCCACAAUCCUUAUAUCAGACAUCUCAGCUUCACGGGUUCCACACCAGUGGGCAAAUACCUGAAUACUGAGUGCGCCAAGAAUAUUAAGAAGACCAGCCUGGAGCUGGGUGGUAAUGCUCCUUUCAUCGUCUUCGAAGACGCGGAUCUUGAGCAGGCCGCCAGAGGUCUCAUUACUUCCAAGUUCCGAUCGUCUGGACAGACCUGUGUCUGUGCUAAUCGAGUUCUUGUUCACUCUUCUAUCCUAGACAAGUUUGCCCUCAUCCUACGUCAAUGCGUCGACGACACCUUUGUAUACGGAUCUGUGUGGGAUAGGAAGGUAAACUUCGGUCCACUGUAUAGUGGAAAGGGGGUAGACAAAGUGAGACUGCAUAUUCAAGACGCCAUUUCCAAGGGAGCCCAAGUUCUUAAUGAUGAUGCUUUUGCAAACGGGGUCGGGCCCAACUUCAUCAAGCCUACCAUCAUCAAAGUGGCUUCGGGCUCUGAGAACAUGAAGUUCACCAAUGACGAGACAUUUGGUCCCCUUGCCUUCUUAGUCCCCUUUGAGACGGAGGAAGAAGCAAUCCGGGCGGCGAACAACACCGAUGUGGGACUUGCGUCAUAUUUCUAUACGGAGAACAUCUCGCGGCUCUGGAGAGUGGCCGAGGCCCUCAAGGCUGGCAUGGUAGGGGCCCGUGUUGGCCUGGUCAGCGCUGCCGAAAUGCCAUUCGGAGGUAUUCGAGAGAGCGGACUUGGACGAGAAGGCGGCAUGGAAGCACUGGAAGAGUUCCUAGAUAUUAAGAGCAUCACUAUAGGAAUCUAG